UUCUCUUGUUGUUUUCACACUUUCAGCCCAAAGUUUUUCUUCAUGUGUAGUUUUUUUGGGACACCUCCAUAUCUGCUCCUUCACCACGUGGUUUUGCUACUCUCUCUCUCUGCAACGCCUGCCACCACCACCCCCCAUAACUCCCAAAGCUAGCCCACACUCUCCCCUUUCCACCUCUAUUUUUCUCCCUAAAUUCCUCCCUUUCGUCUUGCCUUCUGCCGCUUGUUCAUAUCUCUUCACCUACUCUUUUUUCCCAUCUGGCCUUCUUUAUUUUCAUUCAUUUCAUAAGCUGCUUUAGCUUUUUCCCGAUUCUUGAUUGAGUCAAUGUCUAGCUUCUGUUUUUGAGGUUUCCAUUUUUGAUGGGUCGGCUAUAGUUGUUCUUGUUGGAAGAAUACCAUUUUUUGAUGCGAGUAUGGCUUCUGUUCUUCGGUUCCGGAAGCUCUGUUUUCUGGAGCCUGCUAAGUGCUCCUCAUACGACGAGAAAAUCAAGAAAACUGACAAAAAACAACUGUUUGAGACCCACAAAAUUGAUGGGAAAAACUAUGAGAGUGCUAAUGUUUCUCUGUUGGAAGAAAAGCCUAACAAGCAGCACCAGAGGAGACCUCCUAAGGAAUGGAAAUGCAUAGAUUCUUGUUGCUGGACCAUUGGAUUGUUGUGCACUCUUUGGUGGCUGCUCUUGUUUGUGUACCAUUGUUUGCCGGCGAAUUUGCCCGGGCUACAGCCCCCGGAGCCGCCGGGUGCGAGGCUGAAGCGCAGCGGUGUCACUGCACUCCACCCGGUGGUUAUGGUUCCCGGCAUUGUCACCGGCGGGCUUGAACUUUGGGAGGGCAGGCCUUGCUCCGACGGCCUGUUUCGGCAGCGCCUCUGGGGCGGCAGCUUUACUGAAAUUUUCAAGAGGCCAAUGUGUUGGUUGGAGCAUCUUUCCUUGGACAAUGAAACAGGGCUCGACCCGCCUGGAAUUCGGGUUCGGGCUGUUCCCGGGCUGGUUGCAGCUGACUAUUUUGCUCCAGGGUACUUUGUUUGGGCUAUUCUUAUUGAGAAUUUGGCCCGCAUUGGCUACGAGGGGAAGAACAUGUACAUGGCUGCUUAUGACUGGAGAUUAUCAUUUCAGAACACAGAGACAAGGGACCAAACUCUGAGUAGAUUGAAGAGCAAAAUCGAGCUUAUGUAUGCGACAAACGGCUAUAAGAAGGUGGUGGUGGUACCCCAUUCUAUGGGUGUUCUCUAUUUUCUCCACUUCAUGAAAUGGGUCGAAGCCCCUCCUCCGAUGGGCGGAGGUGGCGGUCCCGGUUGGUGUGCCAAGCACAUUAAAUCGAUCAUGAAUAUUGGCCCAGCAUUUUUGGGUGUCCCGAAAGCCGUUGGUAACAUAUUGUCUGCAGAGAGUAAAGAUGUCGCUUUUAUAAGGGCUAUGGCUCCUGGUCUCUUGGAUUCUGAGAUUUUAGGCCUUCAGACUUUGGAACAUGUGAUGCGUGUAUCACGAACAUGGGAUUCUAUAAUUUCUUUGGUACCUAAAGGAGGAGAGACGAUUUGGGGUAACUUGGACUGGUCACCAGAAGAUCACGCGUGUGAUUCAGCAACGCAUCGACAAUUUGAUAUGAAAGGCAAUGAUACUGAUGGUAGGAGAGGUUUUCAAGUACAUGAAUCAACAAAGUAUGGAAGGAUCGUCUCAUUUGGGAAGCCGGCAUCAGAAGUGCAUUCUUCAGAAUUCCCCAGCCUUCGUUCCCAAAAAAAGGGAUCUUUGCACAAUGCCACUCCACCUGUUGCAUCGUGUGGAAAAGUAUGGACAGAAUACGACGACCUAAGCCGGGAGACCAUCUCAAAAGUUUUCGAAAACAAAGCAUACACGGCAGGUACGUUGUUGGAUCUUCUCCGAACGAUCGCUCCAAAGAUGAUGAGAAGGGCUGAAGCUCACUUCUCGCAUGGCAUAGCUGACGACCUUGAUGAUCCAAAAUAUAACGAUUACAAGUACUGGUCAAAUCCGCUCGAGACCAAGUUACCUGAAGCUCCAGACAUGGAAAUUUACUGUCUAUAUGGAGUUGGGAUUCCCACAGAAAGAUCAUACGUGUACAAAGAAUCGCCACCAGGGAGGUGCAAAAGCAUCCCUCUCCAAAUCGAUAGUUCAGCCGAUGGCAACAAAAACGGCUGCUUAAAAGGUGGAGUAUACUUUGUGGACGGAGACGAAAGCGUGCCCGUUUUAAGUGCUGGUUUCAUGUGUGCCAAAGGAUGGAGGGGAAAGACACGGUUCAAUCCAUCAGGAAUUGCUACUUAUGUAAGAGAGUACAAGCAUAAAGCACCUGCAAAUUUAUUGGAAGGAAGAGGUCUAGAAAGCGGCGCACACGUUGACAUAAUGGGAAAUGUUGCCUUGAUUGAGGACAUUCUACGCGUAGUAGCUGGUGCUUCUAGUGUGGAGCUGGGAGGAGACAAGAUAUAUUCCGAUAUCAUGAAAAUGUCUGAGAAAAUAAAUGUUCGCCUGUGAUUGCGCAUUAAAAGAUUUUGUUGAAAGCGG